UGUGUGGAGGAGUAGCUCCUAUUCUCCUGUCUGCGUUAUCUGGAGAACAAUGCAAACAAUCCACAGAUUAUCACCUGAGGGCACCUUUGACUGCAGGUAGCAGGGUUAGUGUGCCUCUCUCUCUAUCUCUCUGUGUGUGUUGCGUCGUGACACUUCUCCAUUAUCGUCCCUCUACGACAACGUACCUGGAGGGGAAGGAAAAAAACUCCUGUCCAAUUGUGCCUGAGCUGGGUGUGACCCUUUAAAGAAUGUCAAACAAAGACAGGGAGAGGGAGAGAGAGCCUGCCUACUGAAUGGAGGGACUGUCACGCCUGUUUGUUUCCCACAGUCAACAUUACAUCAACAGCUCUAGUGAGGACAGGACCUACCUUACCUGGUUUCCCUACUGAGGGUGAGGACAGGACCUACCUUACCUGGUUUCCCUACUGAGGGUGAGGACAGGACCUACCUUACCUGGUUUCCCUACUGAGAGUGAGGACAGGACCUACCUUACCUGGUUUCCCUACUGAGGGUGAGGACAGGACCUACCUUACCUGGUUUGCAUAUUGAGGGAUGAUUGACACCCUAUAUGAGUGGAUCUGGUGGGACCGCUUCUGGCUGCCAGUCAACCUGACCUGGGCGGACCUAGAGGACAGAGAUGGGCGUGUCUACGCCAAAGCCUCUGACCUCUAUGUGACGUUGCCUUACGCCAUAGGCUUCCUACUGGUCAGAUACCUGUUCGAAAGGUUGAUAGCCACGCCACUAGCAGCCUCAGUGGGGAUCCGGGAGAAGGCCAGACUGAGAGUACCAGACAACCCCAUCCUCGAACUCUACUAUCUCUCUCACUCCAGAAACCCUGGCCAGGCAGUUAUAGAUGGUCUGUCUAAGAAGAGCGGCUGGUGCGUUAGGCAGGUGGAGCGCUGGUUCAGAAAGAGAAGAAACCAGGAUCGUCCCGGAGUACUGAAGAAGUUCAGAGAGGCUAGUUGGAGGUUUGUGUUCUAUCUGUUGGCGUUAAUUGGAGGAGUUGUGUCCCUGUAUGAUAAAGAAUGGUUUUAUGAUACGUGGGAAGUGUGGAAUGGAUUUCCAAAACAGACUAUGCUGGAUUCUCAGUACUGGUACUACAUCCUGGAGAUGAGCUUCUAUGGUUCGCUUCUCUUCAGAGUCACUUUUGAUGUCAAGAGGAAGGACUUUAAGGAACAGAUCAUCCACCAUUUGGCCACCCUGACGCUGCUGUCCUUCUCUUGGUGUGUCAACUACAUCCGUAUAGGAACCCUGGUGAUGCUCAUCCACGAUGCCUCCGACGUCCUGCUAGAGUCUGCCAAGUUGUUUAACUAUGCCAAAUGGGAGAGAACCUGCAACAGUCUCUUUGUGGUGUUUGCCAUUGUGUUCAUGGUAACCCGACUGAUCAUCUUCCCAUUCUGGCUGAUCCACUGUACGUGGGUGUACCCCACACUCCAGUACCCCCCGUUCUUUGGUUACUACUUCUUCAACGUCAUGCUGGUGGUCCUCCUGUUCCUGCACAUUUUCUGGGCCUACCUCAUCCUGCGCAUGGUCAAGAAGUUCCUCUUCGGCAAAAUGACCAGAGAUGAAAGAAGUGAUGAUGAGGAGGAUGGUGACGAAAGCAGUCUGACUGAAGAGGAAAAAGAGGAGGGCAGUUAUCGUUACGGCAACGGUUCUGGACUGGGCACAAAGGAGGGCAACAACGGCUGCUUCAGACACUUAUCUCUCUCGGAGAACGUCUGCCCAUCAAAAACCGUCUACUGACCAAGCUCGCGUCGUGAUUGGCAGAGCCCUGCACCAGAGGCAGGGAGUGGUGGGAUCGAGGUCAUAGGAGAAGCUGG